UGUGGUUAAACACACUGGUGAGAAACCCUACAUGUGUGGGGAGUGCGGGUACAGGACAGCUAGGAAGUCUGACUUAUCCCAACAUAUGAGAAUCCACACAGGACAAAAACCCUGUGACCAGUGUGACUAUUCUGCUUCACGUAAGUGGAGUUUGGAACAACAUGUUGCAAGACACACCGGUGAUAAGCCCUACAUGUGUGGGGAAUGUGGAUACAGAGCGGCUCAAAAGUCCGAUUUAUCCAAUCAUAUGAGAAUCCAUACAGGUGAGAAACCCUACAUGUGUGGGGAGUGUGGGUACAGGACAGCUAAUAAGUCCCACUUAUCCCGACACAUGAGAACCCACACAGGGGAAAAGCCGUACAAGUGUGACCAGUGUGACUAUUCUGCAGCACAUAAACACCAUUUGGACCAUCAUUGCACAAGACACACCGGUGAUAAGCCCUACAUGUGUGGGGAAUGUGGAUACAGAGCGGCUCAAAAGUCCGACUUAUCCAAACAUAUGAGAAUCCAUACAGGGGAGAAACCCUACAUGUGUGGGGAGUGUGGGUACAGGACAGCUAAGAAGUCCCACUUAUCCCGACAUACUAAAACCCAUACAGGAGAAAAACCCUACAAGUGCGACCAUUGUCACUAUUCCGCAGCACGGAGAGAUGAUUUGAAGAAACAUGUAGCAAACCACACCGGUGACAAACCCUUCAUGUGUGUAGAGUGCGGGUGCAGAACAUAUACUAGAUCUAUCUUAUCCAUACAUAUGAGAAAGCAUUCAGGGGAAAAACCCUUCAAGUGUGACCAGUGUGACUAUUCUGCUGCACGGAAAUAUUAUUUGGACCAACAUCUAAUGAAACACACCGGUGAGAAGCCUUUCAUGUGUGACGAGUGUGGGUACAGGACAGCUCGAAAACCUGACUUAUCCCGACACAUGAGAAGCCAUUCAGGGGAAAAACCCUACAAGUGUGACCAGUGCGACUAUUCUGCUGUACAGAAAUCCGACCUGGACAUCCAUCUGGCAACACACACAGGUGAGAAACCCUACAUGUGUGGGGAGUGCGGGCACAGGACAGCUCGAAAGUCUAACUUAUCCAGACAUAUGAGAACGCAUUCAGGGAAAAAGCCCUACAAGUGUGACUAGUGCGACUAUUCUGCA